UCCUACUUCACCACACGGGGAGGCGGCGGGGAGAACUGUGGGCAGAGGCCGGGCCUGCUCCCUCCGCCCUGCACCCUGCGCGGGAAGGCUGGCGACCUGGCCUGGGCUCUGGGUGCUCCCGGCAGGAUGGAGGACGAGGAAGGCGCUGAGUGCGGCAAAGCAGACUUUGUGCUCCUGGACCAGGUCACCAUGGAAGACUUCAUGGAGAACCUGAACCCGUCUUCUUCCUACCUGCUGGCCCAGGGUGGCUCUGGGCAAGUCCAGUCCCUUCCUAAAAUGGGGGCCACUCCUCCGGUGCCAUCAGGGCCCAUGGGGAGCACGGGCGGUGACCUGGCCUGGCACGGGCCACGGGGCCCUCCGGUGUCUCAGGAGGAAGCUCCGCCCUCAGCCUGCAGGGGAAGCGCGGGCGGUCUCAGCCCGGGACACCGUAGGAUAAACGGGUCCCGGGCUCGAGGUCUCUGCGAUGCAGCCCCACCCUGUGCCCCGUUCAGGGUCAAGGACGUGCUGCUCAAGUCCACCUGCGUGCUGGAGGCCUUCGGGAACGCCCGCACCAACCGCAACCACAACUCCAGCCGCUUCGGCAAGUACAUGGACAUCAACUUCGACUUCAAGGGCGACCCCAUCGGGGGGCACAUCCACAGCUACUUGCUGGAGAAGUCUCGGGUCCUCAAGCAGCACGUGGGUGAGAGGAACUUCCACGCCUUCUAUCAGGUGAGGCGCGGGGCUCAGUGUGAGUGGGGACCUGCAGGGCCUGGGGGCCGGGGGGCAGGGGGUGAGCCUGCGCCGGGUGCUGAACCCCCGCUCCCCCAGGCCUCGGAGAGCGAGGAGAGGGGCCAGCACCGGGCGGUGACGGAGGCCAUGCAGGUGAUCGGCUUCAGCGCUGAGGAGAUGGGGUCUGUGCGCCGGAUCCUGGCCGCCAUCCUGCACCUGGGAAAUAUCGAGUUUGUGGAGAUGGAGGAGGGGCCCCUGGCUGUGGCCGAGGAGGUGCUGGUGGACCACGUGGCCGAGCUGACGGCCACCCCCCGGGAGCAGGUGCUGCGCUGCCUGCUGUCCCGCACCGUGGCCUCGGGGGGCAGGGAAGUCAUCGAGAAGGGCCACACCGCGGCCGAGGCCAGCUAUGCUCGGGACGCCGGCGCCAAGGCAGUGUACCAGCGGCUAUUUGAGUGGGUGGUGAACCGGAUCAACAGCGUCAUGGAGCCGCGGGGCAGGGACGCCCGGCGGGACGGCAAGGACACGGUCAUUGGCGUGUUGGACAUCUACGGCUUCGAAGUGUUCCCUGUCAACAGGUGGGAGACCCAGCUCCAACCCCAACCGCCGGGCCCCCGCUGGGGAGCUGGGUUGGCUGGGGAUCAGUGGUGCCGGGAAGGGAAAAUCCUGAGCUCUCUUCCCCUUGCUGGGGGCAAAGGAAGGGACUAUCUUGCGCACUGCCGCCACCAGGUCGCCUACCUGGGGCUCCUGGAGAACGUGCGGGUCCGCAGGGCCGGCUUCGCUCCUGCUGUCCCCCCACAGCUCUGCCCCACGGACAAGACCAUGGAGUUCGGCCGGGACUUCCGGAUCAAGCACUACGCGGGGGACGUCACCGGGCACGUGGCCACGCUGACCCAGAACUUCACCCCCUGCAAUGUCUCCUCCUGUCUGAGCACCUCCCGCCGGCGCAUCCCAGUCCACACGCGGCCGUGGCCCGCUGUUACCGCUCCUGUCCCCUGCAGGUGGCGGGCACGGCAGGUGGUGAAGAACAUCCCCCCCUCCGACAUGGCCCAGAUCAAAGCCAAGGUGGCCGCCAUGGGGGCCCUGCAGGAGCUGCGGCCGGACUGGGGCUGCCGGCGGGCCUGGCUGCGAGACUACCUGUCCUCUGCCGCCGACAACCCUGCCGCCUCCAGCCUGUUCGCUCAGCGCCUGAAGUCGCUUCGGGACAAGGACGGCUUCGGGGCGGUGCUCUUCUCCAGCCACGUCCGCAAGGUGAACCGCUUCAACAAGAGGCGGGACCGCGCCCUGCUGCUCACCGACCGGCACCUGUAUAAGCUGGAGCCCGGCCGGCAGUACCGGGUGAUGCGGGCCGUGCCCCUGGACUUGGUGACGGGGCUGAGCGUGACCAGCGGGCGGGACCAGCUGGUGGUGCUACACUUGAAGGGUCUGGACGACCUGGUGGUGUGUCUGCACCGCUCGAGAACCCACGGCUCCCACAGCCGUCGCCUGGUGCUGGGGGAGGACCCCGGCUGUGGCCUCGGAGCUAACGCUCGGGGCAGGGCCCACGCUGCUCUCAGCGAGGCGCUGAGCAGAAGCCAGAGGCUGCCUACAUCUCGGGGUUCCCCGGAGGGCGCAGAAUCCGGCCAGGCCCUGGUCCUGCCCUGGCUGUGCUGCGACGCCCGGUCCCUGAGGGACCUGGAGCCCACACCACCUGCGAGCGACACCAUCCAGGGCAAGGCCGCGCCCCAAGCUUCGCAAACCUCCCCCCCUGACGCCAGCGCAGGGCCUGUCACAGCCAGGCGGAGGGUGCAGCGAGGCCGGGUGGACUCUUGGGAGCUGACGUCCAGCCCACCCCGUCCACCGGCAGCUCCCAAGCCUGCGUCUCUGCUGCUGGCCCCGUUCUUUACUCCGUUCGUCGGGGUCCACAGCUGUGUGGACGCCUCCCCCAGGCACCCCGCCAGCUCCUCAGGCACCUCCAUCACGGUGGACUCGAAGCGCUUCUUCUUCGACGUGGGCUGCAACAAGUACGGGGUGUUCCUGCGCGUGAGCGAGGUGAAGCCGUCCUACCGCAACGCCAUCACCGUCCCCUUCAAGGCCUGGGGCAAGUUCGGGGGCGCCUUCUGCCGGUAUGCGGAGGAGAUGAAGGAGAUCCAGGAGCGCCAGCGGGAUAAGCUCUACGAGCGGCGCGGCGCGGGCAGCGGCGGCGGGGACGAGUCCGAGGGCGAGGAGGUGGAUGAGGACUGA